UCUGCGUUUCGUUGUGAAUGGCUCCUGCUGCUCCAAACAUGAAGGAAUUCGACGAUUUCAACUUUAGUGUGGAUAAAUACACCAAAGAGCUGACCCGGGAGUGUGUGGGCGGCAGCGAUUUGCAGCAGCGAAAAAAGGAAAUCGAGGCCUACAAUGAAACGACGGCGGCCACUCUCAAGCAAACAUGCAAAAAGAACUACAUGGAGUUUAUCCAAACGGCCAAAGAGAUAUCGCGUAAGUUGUACGAAAGCAUCCGCCCCCUAAAAAGUGAAUGUCAUGAUCAUCCCCUAGAUCUCGAGUCGGAAAUGUAUCAGCUGUCACAUAUCCUCAUCGAGCAACGCAACAUCUUGGCCACCAUGACCGAUGGCAAGACCAACUCUCGCCUGAAGGCCGACAGCGUGGAGGCGGAGAGCAGUGCCGCCGCCGAUGAUGUGCAGAACAGCCAUGCCACACGCGCGGUAAAGGAAAUGGUUCAGGGUUUCAAUGGCAAUCUGGAGGGCAAGACGUUCCUCAAUGAGGGCGCUUUAAUCGAAUUGGAUGCAAACGAUUACCGACCCAUUCAGCGGGUGUUCUUUUUUCUGUUCAACGAUGUGCUCAUCGUGUGCAAAGUGAAGCAUGACAAGCGUUUGGACUUCCUCACCGAAUACGAUCCCAAGAAAAUAGGUGUGAUCAAUAUCAAGGAUUUGGAUGGGGUGAAAAAUGCCAUUAAUAUAAUAACGCCUGAUGGCUCCAAGAUAUAUCAAAGUAUUACCGCAGCGGGCAAGACAGAAUGGAUUGAAAAGCUCGAAGAAGCCUUUCGCUUCGAUCAGCAAAAGAAGUCGAAAAAGGGACAGGCUCCGCAGCCCCCCACGCGAGCCAAACAGCAGUCGUCCAAGUCAUCCACUCCAGAGAAGGUUAGCAGCACUCCCCAACCCGAGACGCCAACAGAGCCCAAGUCCCUGGAGGACGAGACGCCCGAGUGGCUGAGCACGGCCAGCGAAGAGAUUCAAACACUGGUGGCCCAGCGACACUUUGAGGAAGCCCAGGAGCUGAUCAAGCGCACACAGGAGUCCGUAAGGGGCGAGAACCGGAAGAAAGUUCCACAAGCGGACAGCAUUGAGAGCAAGGUGAAGCAGCAGGAGCUCAAGCUGAUCAAUGUCCUGCUCAAGGAGCUCUCGAAUAGUCAUAAUCGCAAUUUGCAAAUCGCCCUGAGGUCUGCCAAGCGACCGCUAAAGAUACUCGUGGAGAUGGGCCGCUAUCGGCAGGCGAGUGCCACCCUGCUGAAGGUCUGCGCCGUCAGUCUGAGGGUAUCGCAGCGCGAGGCGCGUAGGAAUAAUGCCGAUAUAUCGGAGCUAUUCUUCUGUGAUCUGACACAGGUGGCGUGUGAUUAUCUCACCGCCUUCGAGCAGCAACCGGCGUGUGUGAGUGCUCUUGUCGUCUGGUGCAACGCCGAGCUGCAGUACUUUGCCAGCCAGCUUAUCAAACACUAUCUCGCAAAAGGCACCUCCCUGGAGACGGUGGCCAAGUGUGUGGAGCGUGUGCGUAAGCCCUCGACAAAGCUAACUGAGAUUGGGCUGGACAUAAGCUAUCAUCUGGAGGGGCUGCUGCGCACCACCCUCGAAUCGCUGAUCGAAGAGUCCAAGGAGCGUCUGCUGGACUCGGUAGGACGCACCGAGGAAAGCUGGCAGCCGUACAAUCUGCAGACAAAAUCAAAUCUGAAGCGAUUGCUGCUCGAACUGGAUGUCCUGGGCAUCGAUGUGAGGGCCCAAGCCACUGGCGACACUUGGAUGAACCUCACCCAGUCCACGGUGGUCUUUAUACGACACUUUCUGCAGCUCACCGAGCACUGCGGCUGCCUGGCCAAGUGCGAGACGCUGCUGCAGAAGCUGGAACUGCUGCUGAAGGAGCUCUUCAUCGCCCAUCACUCACUGAAGCCGCCCAGCGACAUGGCUGUGGAUCCCAACUUUGUGAUGAAGAAUAAAAUCUUUCUGGUUGACAAUCUGCUGCCCAUAGCCAUAGACAAGUUCCGGCAGAUAUCGGGUCGCCAGUGCGAGAUCUUGCGGGAGCUCCACACAAAAAUGUCGCGACAGCACGGCGCUCCUUUGCCCCGUCAGCGCAGCGUCUACACCACAGACGUCUUCUAGAGAUGAUUCGAGGGACUUGUGUUUGCUUUACUUUUUCGAUUACAUAUAAGUUUUUUUUAUUUUUUGUCGUUUUGCUUCAAUUAUUUAUAAUAUAAUUAUAUACAUAUAUAACCACAAUAAUAAUAUUUUGUAAAAUUAAAAAUCGAAGCGUGUGCUGCACUCUAAACUCGGGGCGCGAGGCGUGCCCACUCUCUAUAUAUACUCGUACUCGUAUUAUAUAUAUAUUUUGUUUUGCUGUUUUUUCUUUUUCUUUUCCUUUUUGUAUAUAUAAAUCGAUUCUUCACUCUAAACACUAAA